AUAUUUUCCAAACACUUUCUCCCUGUCUUCAAUCCCUAGCCUACUUAACACAACAGCCGGGAAACGAGCAACCGAUCUAUAUACUAAGUAGUCACACACGACAAAUAGCGUGAGGGUUAGUGGCUCUGUUGGUUUGUGUGGGCAGUAGUCGUCGUUUCCUCGCCCUUCUCGGUGACAACUCCGUUGUGACUUUUUAGAAUAACUGCAUUGCAUGAAAAAGUUCACAGAGGUGCGUGUACCACGGACUGAAUCGGAAUGAUUAUAUUACUUGUCUACAGGCCAGUCAUUGCCAAGCCAUGAACAUCCACAUUCACUAUGCUACACAAGAGACCAGUGGGAGAUCGAGAAAUAACAUUUGAACGAACGGUAGGGGUGGUAGGAGGAAAAAAGACGACCUGAGAAAAUUGUUCGAUGAAACGAAAGUAGCCUGUUAUUACAAAAUUUGAACAAGUGCCUUCUCUCCAUUGAUCAGUGUUAUAUUAGAGUUAGUUUGGCGACUUUCGGUUGCAGUGUAGCCUAUAGUAGCUUUCAUCUCGGCAAAAGGAGAGUGCUCGGAGUCUGUGUAGCUGUAUUUGCGUUAAUGUACCAUCGGCGUAGAACUACUGUUAUGAUGGGUCAAUAAGUUAGGUGGAUGGAGAGAGAAGCUGGAAUGAGAAGGCCCUCGUGUUUGAGUAAGGUUUCAGAGGUCACCAUCCCAUGUCAGGUCCCGAUUGACAGAAUCGUCUUCAUCUCUUAUUUUCUUUGCCUAAGGUCUGAACCAUGAAGUCCGGAGGACGGGGGGCGGAGCCACCCGUGGAGGGGGAGGUGAGUGGCAAGCGGCCGAAGCGCAAGUGUCUGCAGUGGCACCCGCUGCUGUCCAAGAAGACCCUGGACUUCUCCGAGGACGAAGAGGAGGACGAUGAGGAGGAGCUGGAGAAGCAGCCCCCACCAUUCUGCGGAAAAAGCCUGAGCCAGGAGGCCGAGGGCGGGGUCGGCACCGAGGAAGAGGAGGACGACGGGGAGGAGGAAGACUCCUCGUCCGAGCAGCGCGCCCGGCGUCCCAUGAACGCCUUCCUCCUCUUCUGCAAGCGGCACCGCUCGCUGGUCCGGCAGGAGCACCCCCGGCUGGACAACCGCGGGGCCACCAAGAUCCUGGCCGACUGGUGGGCCGUCCUGGACCCCAAAGAGAAGCAGAAGUACACGGACAUGGCGAAGGAGUAUAAGGACGCGUUCAUGAAGGCCAACCCAGGGUACAAGUGGUGCCCCCCAUCCAACAAGUCCGUGAAGACCCCUUCCCCCGGCGCCAACUCCCGCAAGAAGGCGUGGCCGUUCUCCUCCGAGCCGCCCAGGGACUGCGCCGCUUCCAAAAAGCCGGCCAAGGCGGAGAGCGUCCCGCAGAUCAACUUCUCCAUGGCGGAUCCUACUAAAAUGGGAGGACUGAGCAUGCUGCUGCUAGCGGGGGAGCAUGCCCUAACAGCCCGCGAGAUCGCCUCAAAAAAGUCUCCUUCGGUUGCGGACUCGGCCAAGCAGUCUGGGACGUCAGACUUAGGCCAGCUUGUUGAGGUCUCCUCCGGUACCCCACAGCCCACCACGGCGGACACGGCCACCGAGGGGAAGGUCUCGCAGGCGGACCUGUCUGAGAUCUGUCCCUCACCUGGAACGUCCCGGCUGGGGGCGACUGACCCAACAAAGCCCUGCAUCGAUCCUCCUGUGUCUCGCCCACCCGAGGUAUCCAGCUGCUCCCAGGCAACUGUAGCUGAAGGUAGGCUCAGUGGACCGACUGCUCUGCUCCAGCUGGCUGAGAUGUGUCUGGCAUCUGAGGCGAAGAAGACUGUGAGCUCAGCACCACGACCGCGGGGUCAGUCCCCCACUGCCGCCUCUACAGGCAUCGCCACGGAGACGGUCGCCGGGGAGCAGGCCAGUGACGCUCAGGGAGCCCCUCUGUCCUCCCCCUGCGUCUCUUCCUGUCCUUCCUCUCUCUCCGCCUCUUCCACCCCCACAAAUGACACGCCCCCCGUCCUCGGCCAGCCCCAGACCCCGAAGAAGAAGAAAAAGAAAAAGAAGAGGGAAGGGCGUGAGGCCGCUGAGGGCGGGGCCAGCGAAGGCGUGGUCAGGAGCGCAUGCGGACCCCCCGCCAAACCCUGCAAGAGGAGCCCGUCUUCGGAGUCGGACCUGGAGAGCCUCAUCGACACCAUCGACGCUGUAGCCAAGGGGUCCUGGGGCGCAGAGGACGACGGGGAGGAGGUGCCCCGCAAGAAACCCCGCCCACUCUCAGACCCAGGCUUCCCCAAGAGGAAGUCGAGGCCUAAUGCAAGGAAGUCCAUCAAGGCACAAGAGGAGGAGGAGGCAGAGGAGGAGGAGGAGGAGGACCACAAGCCUGUGGAGGCGUGCGUGCCCAUAGCCUUUCCUAGGUCUGAUAGAGAGGGGGAGGUGCCUAGCGUGAAGGCAGAGCCCUCAGCCAGCGCAGAGGAGACCCUGGCCCCGCCCAGCCCCUUAGCCACACCCAUGAAGGACGAGGAUAAGGCGGCGGCCAAGCUGGAGAGCUUCGGCUCCAGGAAGUCUGAGAGGACCUGUAAAGGGGCCCUGUACAAGACCCUGGUGUCUGAGGGAAUGCUCACAUCACUGAGGGCCAAUGUGGACAGAGGGAGAAGAGCCUCUGGUCGAGGGAACGUCUCAGACUUGGAGGGCAGUUGGGCUGAGGAGAGCUGGACGUUCGCUCAGUCCGGCGCCAGCAGCAGCAAGAAGCUGAAGAAACUGAAAUCGAAAGAUGAGUCUGCUCCUGGUCUAGGGAGGCUGGAGGAGGAGUUUGAGAAGAAGUUCAACAGCCUGCCGCAGUACAGCCCCCUGACCUUUGACAGGAAGAGCACCUGCGUCACCAAGAAGAAGAAAAGCUGUGGGAACAGGGCUGAGGAUCCACCCAAACCCGUCAGAGGUUCUCCAUCUCAGAAAAAGAAUUUGUUCCACAAGAUUGUUGGCAAGUAUAAGCACAGAAAGGAACAGCCCACUACCACGGAUAAAGCCAUAGCGGCGCAGGCCCUGACCACCCCGCACGCGGCCCAGGGGGCCGCACACGGGGGGUCCUGCGCCGCGCUGUACCCCGAGGGCCUGGGCGGGGCCGAGACGCUGGUGGGCAGCCAGAAGAGGAAGGCCAGGAAGAGGAAGAUCACCCACCUGGUGCGGGCGGCUGACGGCAGGCUGUCCCCGGCAGAGGGAAACCGAGCCGGAGAGCCACAGGAUCAGGAGGAAAAGCCAUCUACCCAAACGACUUUAUGCAACAACGCCCGAUCAGGACCACAGGAGGCGUGCGCCGCCCCCGCGGACACCGCGGACCGGCCCGGCGUGUCCGGCCUCCCUGCGUUUUUCAGUCUGGCGGCUCUGGCGGAGGUGGCAGCCAUGGAGAACGUGCAAAGAGCCCAGCACACUGCCAGACUGCCGCCGGAGGGCCAGUCCAAGGAAAUGGUGCAGAACCAUGUCCUGAUCUCCUGUGGCGACCAGUAAGAACUCACCGUUAGGGCAAACAGACACUGCGCCCUUCUCUUCUCCUGACCCCCCCCCCCCCCCCUCCCCCCCCCUCCCUGCACUGGGCCAGGGGGGGUGGAAAGUGAAAUGGGCGGGAGCUCUGAGUGAGCCAGGGGGCGGGGGGGGGGGCUGUAGGUUGGCUCUCUCCAAAGCUUUCCCCUGGAGAGGGAGCCCCGCCCCACCCAAGACUUCCAUCAGGUGGCUGUGAUGGGUAGCAUUGCUCAAAGGAGGGCUUCUGGCUUUGCACACAAGAAGUGCAUGUGAAGGACCUCUGUGUGCUCAGUGUAUCCUGCCCAUAUGGACAUUCUUUUAAUUCAGUGUUGCCUGAUCACCUCUGUGAGACCUUGGUUGCUCUUGUCAAACGCUCUUUGGAUAAGCCCCACUUAUCCACACUUCCCUUAACCAGAUUGGCACAAUAACGGUUCGUUUCCAUCAAGACCUCAAAAUGGCUUCCAAAUGUUACCUCUAGCUCUGCUUCUUAGGCCAUUACUCUAACUGAUUCAGUGUCUCAGGUGCUUGAGGUGUAGUGAACUGCAGAAACAAAAUCAUUCACACCAGUUUCUACAAACUCAACCACCGACAAUGACAUCUACAAGCCCAAGUGACCAAGUCAAACUUUGUUUCAUUUGAUUUACAUCAUUGCAUUUAAAAAAAAGAUUGUUUAAUCCGACGAGAGUAUACGCAUGAUUUUAAUUGGGCGCUCAUGCUCAUUUUACCACAAGGCAGUGAUGUUUGUACACAUGCUAAAUUUGCCACAAUCACAACAAAUAACCCUGAUGAUGUAAGGUGCACCUUUUCCCCACAUUGCAACUUGAAAUUAAAGCCAGAAUAUUCUUAUGCAAUACACAGCAUGCAGUUCAGAUUUCACUAAAUGCUUUAAUAGGCCUAACAGUGACACAAUCUAGUGUUAAUAUUAGAUAUUGCCAGAGCAAAACCAGAACCCACUAACAUGUGAGAUUCACAUAAUUUAUAUCUUUAUCUUUUUUUUAACAGAUCAGCAUAUUUAGUCUGUGGACAGUUUGACAAACAACGAUUCAAAGCAGAAUUUAGAUAAAAUUGAUUUUUGUCACUUUUUUAGGUUGAAAAGGCUGUUUUGUUUAAAAGGAUUUGCAAGGAAAUAUUUUUCAUUUUCAUAUUAUUACUAAUUAUGUUUUUACUGAAUGUUUCCACUUAAAUUUUAGAAAUUAAGUAACAAAAUUCUGUUAGAUUCUAGAAAGCUGGAAGCUUAGAUUCUCAAAUGCUGAGCGAUUACUGCUUUAUAGUUGUUAGUUAUUUCAAUUACAGCACAGUCUAAUGACUGGAAAUACCCAGACGUGGGUUCCAUUCCACGUUGUGUACAAAUGUGUAUGUUUUGCUUUAGGAGUUUUAUUGUGAGUGAGAGUGCUGGUUUUUGCUGUGAGAUGUUGUAUCACAGUACCUGCUCAUUUUUGGAGGUGAAGUUCAUUGUCUGGUAUACCACUUUUCAGGAUUCCAUUUAGAGUUUUUAUAUUUUAAAAUAUUUGCAAGCGUAUGAUCCAUGUGGUUUAUUAUUAGGCCACACAUCUAAGCUGCAAAGGCUGUCUUUGAAAUAGGACAUAACAUUUGACCAGAUAAAUUAGAGUGCAUUACUGUGUCCCAAACCUGCUCGUUCUCCACUGCUGGGAACAUAUGCAGUUCUUCACAGACAGUUACAAAUGGUUCAUUAGCUAACCAUAGCGUUCUGUGCUCCUCUGGAGAAUCCACAGCAUUAGACGUUGUUAGUUCACUGCAGCAAAAUUGUAUGCAAUGCUAUGCACCAUAGCUGGCGGAUGGAGAGAGAAAUAUCAGUGAAAUGUGACUAGCUCCAUUAGCAUCCCAAUCAUGUCACUAGUCAGCACAAGUCAGAUGUGUUUUUUUUAUGUUUGUUUUUUAAACUCCUCAGCCAUUGAAGGGUAAGUUCAGCUUAAUGUGAUUUUUUUCUGUGUUAUCAAAGCAUCCAAUGAAAGACCAAAACCUAAAAUGUUUCUGGCUCUCAAUACUGUCUGACAUAGUCUUACCCCAUUUAGCGCCCAAUCAGGAAGCCAUUCAUUCAAGAUGUGCGCUAAAAUCCUUAACUGCAGCGCAGAAAGACAGUUUCUUUUUCAGAAAACAAUCUAUGGACAGUGUAGUUCCAUACAGCCAUCCGUUAUCUAUACCCUCUUAUUUCUGGGCAGGGUCGCUGACUUUUUCAGUAUUUUUAUGCUGCACCAAACUACUUUCCACACGUCAAAAAUGCAGUCGUUGUCCAUUCGUUAAGUUUCAGUAAAAACUACAAUGGCCAGGUUCAAUGAACAGUACUUGCUGGUUGGUUUGGAUCUUUUCAUAGGAUAUGGGAAAAAUAAAAUUAUGCCAGACUUAUCUUUUGAUCCACUGGCUGACGACAGACAUUCCCCCGUAAGGUUUUAUAGUGUCAUAGAUUAGUGGAGCUGCUUGAGAAGCCUUACUGAAGUCCUCACUUCAUUUCCCAUUCUUUUUUUUAUAAGUGUGUCUUUGAUAGUUUUAUUUUAUUUUAUUGUAUUUUUUUUUGGAUCUCCAGUCAACAUAUACUGUAUUUUCCUCCCAUGAAGUUUUCUGUGAGUUUUAUCAAUGGUACCUUUUUCAUGCAGAUGAUUAAUAAUUGUGUGUGCUAGUUUAGGACCAUUGUUUUUUUUUUACAUUUAUAUUCUUGACCUUAAAAGCUUUUUCCCUUUGUACCCAGUUUACAGGAUUAUUAUGACUGUUCUCAAAGAAAAACUCAGAGCAAAAUACAAAAAAAGACGGAAAGCCUAUGGUAACCUGAUCAGCAACAGGAAACUGACAAGGGCUGCAGUGAUUUGAGAGCAGUGGUUACUGACUCAUUCCUGACUCAAGUGAAUAUAUUAAAUUCCUGAAGCAGUUGCAUUGCUGUCUCCAGCCAUUGCUUGUUAAGAAUUGUGGAAAAUAACAGAGCACAGUCUCUUCUAUGUGCCACCUUCAGAUUAGUGCAGUUGAAGCCAUAUCGGACUCCAGGUACUAGAGUGCAAUACAAUGGAAGGAAUUCAUUUUUUUAUAUCUGUUCUCCUUUUUCAGAGAGCGGAACUAAAUACUGUGGUAAUUACUUUAUGGUAUUUUGCAGGGGUACUGUCGUGAGCCAUAAGGUAAAGUUUUACUUGAUCUACUUCUGUUCAAUUUUGCAGGUUUGGUAUAAAUCAGGAUUAUAAUACGAAACCAUUUAGAGCCAGUUUACGUUAUGAAGGUACAGGACAAACAGAAUAUAUUUUCUAAAAGCAGAAAUAAAGGAGACAUAUUUAUAGGUAUCAAAUAAUAUUCCACAAAGUACUUCCACUUCUGGUUAUUCUUGCACAAUGCUUAUGCUUCAUGUUUUAACCGUCAUUCAGCUGGAUUUG